GCUUAAGACAUUUUCCCCUUCCUCUUCAGUCUUUCUUUCUUUCACUUCUCAAUUUUUUUCUUUCCAGUAUCCGUCCCCUUCCUCUUCCCCCCAGAUUUGGGGAUAUAUCCCCAAACACCUUCUCUAAUUAGGGUUUUCAUCAUUCAGAUCUGAACUAAAACCCUCCACAGUCUGUUCACACUCCCUCUAACCCAAUCAAUUUUUUCUUCUCUUUCAAUUAGGCUUGGGUUUUGGAGGUGUGGGUUCUUUCUGUUCAACUGAAGGAACAAACUAUAAUUGGAGAUUGGUUGGUGAGGAGGAGGGCAAUAAGGGCUGGGCCAACUUCACCUGCCAAUGCGAUUUGACUUCAAUUCUGGGAAAUUUUCGGUGGUUUUUGCGGUGCCGAAAAAUAAAAUUUUGAACUUUGAACACUUCUUUACUCAUCAUCAAUGUCUUGGGCUGGCCCGGAAGAUAUCUACCUUUCUACUUCACUUGCAAGCUAUCUCGACAGUAAGGACAAGAAAUAUAUUGUGUUUAUUAAUGAGUUUUUGUUAAAGUUGGAAUCUUGAUUGCGAUUAUCACAGUUAGAAUUCUUGGAGUAUUUUUUAUACCCUUUUGUUUUUCUACGUUGAAUUAUCGUCUAUUUUGCAGCUUUUUGGUUUUGCCUUUUAUUUCUCUUUUUUCAAUUGUGGCGUUUAGCUUAAAAGAAAACGUGUUAUGGGGGAUUGUGUUUCGUUCAAUUGAGUUUUCAAUUCUUUCUGAAUAGUUCCAGGAAUGUAUGGUUUUGGGCGAGGAACGCUUGUGAUCUUAAUGCGAUGUUUUCUUGUUAAUCAUUACUUAUAGGAUGUUAUCUUUGGUUUAAUCUGGGAUUUUCCUUUCGAAUGUGAUUCUUAGUUUAUGAUUUAGGGUACACAUUCAAUUCCAUCUUCUUGGAUGAUCAGUUAAACUAAAUUUUUAUGUACUUACACCAAGUCUUAGAAAAGCCCCUUAUUUUCCAAUGCUUCUGUAGUUGUGUUUAGUAGGUGGACAAAUGAAUAACAAUUUUCGAGCUGAAAUUUUGACUUGUCUUUGAUGGUGGUCUCUUUUAAAAGGAGCCCUCAUCAUGCUAAGAACUUUUGGGAACGUAGCUAUAAUUCCAGCCUUCUUAUUUUUGUUUCUCUGAUCAUUUUUUCCUGAUGUGUUUACUUAGGUGUUAUUUCUUUGAUCAUUGUUACUUGAUAUAAAAGCAACAAGCUUUUCAUCAUAAAGUUUUGAACUUUAAACUUUGAAAUUGUUACUUGAAGUAUUCUAUUAUUUUGAAAUUUGGGAGGAUAAAAACUAUAGAAUCAAGAACUCAAAUUAAGAGGGGUAGGGGUAGACAUGAAAAGACUUGGGAAGAAACUAUAGAAAGUAACUUGAAAUGUUUAAAUUUGAAUGAUGAAUGGUGUAUUGAUCAAGCACGAUGAUGACAUGUAUCCGUUUAGUUAACCCCACGUAGUGGGAAAAAAUUCUUGUUGUUGUUGUUGUUUAUCUUUUGUCACUUUGGUUCAUGGCUUUAUAGUUGGAAUGUUUUUCUUUGACAGAGAAGCUGCUUGUUUUGCUGAGAGAUGGUCGGAAACUAAUGGGCACACUCCGCUCUUUUGAUCAAUUUGCAAAUGCUGUGCUUGAAGGCGCGUGUGAACGCGUUAUUGUUGGUGAUCUAUACUGUGACAUCCCGUUAGGGUUAUAUGUCAUUAGAGGGGAAAAUGUUGUUUUAAUCGGUGAACUGGACUUGGACAAAGAAGAACUACCCUCGCACAUGACUCGUGUUUCAUCUACGGAGAUUAAAAGGGCACAAAAGGCAGAAAGGGAGGCUUCGGAUCUUAAGGGUACAAUGAGGAAGAGAAUGGAGUUCCUUGAUAUGGAUUAACGUAUAUUGUCUGAGAUCCAGUUGCGUGUUGUGAAGGGAGGGUUUAAAGUCAAGAUUCCUUGUCCUCCGCAAAUAUUAUCGCGGUAUUCGGAUACUGGGAAAAAACUUGCACUGCGGCUGGCUGGAUGGUGAUUGUUAGGCUUUCUUUAGUCUUCAAGUUCUGUGUAGAAUCAAUCAGUGCGAUUUGUUUUCAUAAAUUGAAAAAGGAAUUGUAGUUGAUAGCUAUUUUAUUUGUUUAAGGUUAUUUUGCGAUUGCUGCUAAAAAAGAUGUGCAGAAUUUACCAUGGAUUGUCAUAUUUUAUUUGUUUCAAAACCUGGAAAACUUUAGUUGUAGCAGAACAAAUCUCCUGGGUUCUUCCUUUACUUUUUAUUAUGUAGUGGAAGAUCUCACAAUCUCUUCAAAUUCUUCUUCCUUUUGUUUGAUGUCUGUCUUAGUCGAUGAUCAUGAUUGAAGUGCAGAGUGCAGAUGUAGGUCUGUUAAUUAGUAGUAUCGGUUCGAAAAAUGGAG